AUGUCCAGCACAUUUUUUUGUAAUAUCAUUGUUUGUUUUAAACCUUCAAUACGUCGCUCUAAAAGGUGCGUUAUGAUAGGUUCAUGCGCUCGGCCGUUUAUUCUAGGUGUUUGUCUAGCAUUUUGUUUUUUCCAUGGUUUAAGCUCCAGUGAGGUUAAUACGCUCCCUCAAACGCAGAAGGAAAAUCUUCCGGAGGGUCAACGGCUAUCGGGCUGUGACGCAAAUAAUCAAAAGAAUCCAAGAGGUUUUUUGUCUCCUCUGGGUGGAAAGCAAUCCAUUUCUGAAAUUGUUCAUAGGUGUCCUCUAUCUCUCUCUUCUAAGCUGGUUCAUACAAGUCCAGUGAGCGUUGUUUUAGCCGUUAAUGUCACACAACCGUGCCAUGUGUGGUGUGACGCCUGGACAAUUGGAAGCCCAAUCAAUGUCCACGAGCUGAUGAAAGAAUCUUCAGGGAAAUACAUGCAGUCAACGGGUCUUUACGUCAUUUCAAACCUCAAGCCGUUGACGACGUAUGUAAUCACCUGUACAGCGCAGAACGAUUUUGAAAUGUUCUCAGAUGCGGAGCGAAACCGGCAGGUGAUCAUCACGAAGCCCGCCAUGUUCCGAAUCACUUCAGCGAGCCGCUCUGGGUCUCUGAUCUACGUGGGGAUCGCUUCGAAUCUGGACAGUACCUUUGUUUGCAACCUGUUCAACGGCAAUGGCUUGAAUGUGGCGUCGAAACAUACGAUCGAUGAGAAUGGCUUUGUGACUUUUUUGGUGGACAGCAAUGAAAAGCAUUAUAAAGUGCAGUGCUCCGCUUUUUCUCCGUCGAACGCUCGUAGGCUCUGCGUGGAUCGAGCUGACGCGUAGUCAUCAUGCAAACAAAGUCAGUUUUGAUUCCAGAAGAUAAUACAUUGUUCUGGAUGCUAAUUGACGUCAUGAUUGUUGUUGUACUAUGUUCUUGCGUUAUCUCGGCGGUGUGGAUCGGGAAAUCGCGAGCUACCUCACACGCAAUGUAUGAUCUAGAUUCGGCUGAGAUCGUUUGCUUAUUAUCCAAAAGUCCAGAACCCUCCAUGGUCGACGAGAACUUCAGUCCUUUCGAAACAGAACUGAUUCCGAGUGAGACUCACAGUGUUAUAUGCUCGAAGUGCAAUUUUGCCAAUCCCGCUCGUGCAACCGUUUGCAGGGAAUGUAACUCAUUACUACGUGGGAAUGAAGUUUUUUCGUCAUCUUUUCGUAAGAUGUAUUG